AUGAGGAAGAGGGAAGGAGGAGGUCCAAGUCCUGGCCCCGUGUUCCAGUCAAACAGGGCUGCUGCUGCUGCUGCUCAUUCUUCGACGGUUCCUGGUAGAUUGGCCCUUCCUGGGUUACAUGACAAGAAUCCUUUAUGGGGUUUGGCUGGUCCGGGGGAUGCGGCCCGGGAAAUAUGGAAUGUGACUUGUGUUCAGGAGAAAACGGUGGUGGAAAAAGCAGUGAAAGAUAGUAGUGAGGAAGGGAAGAACAUUGAAGGAAAAGAGACCGUAUAUCUAUACCGGGCUUUGUGCUCUGUAGCAAUCCAUACUUCAAUGCUGGCCGGCUCAAUGAGUGGUGUUACCCGGGGCUGCCCUGUGAUCCCGGGUCGUUAUCCCUUCCAACCACAGCAACAUACCGUAGAUCAUGUCGUGCAAGAUCCAGGCGGUUCUAUGAUCUACAGUGCCGUUCUCGGUAGAGUUGAGGCCACUGUGUUCCUGGCUGACGCCCUACUUCGGCCAUUGAUGCAUGGUGCCUUAUCCGGUGCUUCUAAGCCGCUGUUUGACGUCAGAAGAGCAGUCGACAAUGACGGAGCCGAUCGACUCGGUGUAUCAAUUCGAUUGAGCAUUGAUGUUGGUAGAGACAGAUGGAUAGACAUGGAAUCUCCUUCAGCCGCGACCAGUGGCGCAUUAAUGCCGCGGGACAACCCCACAUCAUGUGACGGGGAGCGGUCUUGUGACUGGGGGGUGGGCUUUGCCACUGCGGGUUUGUUUGGUUUUGCCCCCACGUUAAAGGGGGCGGGCGGGAGAUGA